AUGGCAUCCACUAUUCCCCUUUCGGUAGCCAUCUACGACAACCCUGGCAUUAUGCACUGGAGCCUCUACCUCGAAGCAGACAACUAUGAUGACAAGACGAUCAUUCACGUCCUCGGUGCACGUCAGAAGUAUUUCCCUGAUGUAAGGACACCGUCGGACGCACGCAGUUCGAGUGCCCUUAUCGAGCUUCUGUACCUUUGUCAGAUUGAUGCCAGCAAAAUCGAGGUUAUCAAAAAUAUCGCAUACGCGACCCCUAUCAAGAAUGAGUUGGCAGAUUGGAGUUGCCAGGAUUAUGUCCUCGAUGUCUUGAAAAGGCUUGAGCGUGCAUUGAUUAUUGAUACAACGGACGGUGAUUAUAUCAUAAACAGGCAGGCGGUCGCUGCGAAACGCGAGUCAUGGGCGUAA